UUUUUUGCUGCGAAAUGUUUUUCUCCUUUGUGUUUGGUGUUCGUUAUCGCUAACUCUAAUCUAACAAAAGUUGUUUGUCAUGUCAUGACGGUUGUGUAGUGUUGAGUGUUGAGUAAUGAGUUCCUCACACACAGAAAAAGAGUUGGUAUCAUCGUAUCUGAGUUCUCAGAGUGAAACCAUGGAACCUAUCAACUCACACACCCUUCUUUAGCUCCAACGACCAAGUUCAACUAUCUCAGUUUCUUUCUUAUUCAUUCAACCAAUUUCUCAUACUCUCCGCUUCUAACAAUGGCGGUUUUGUUGCCUCCAACACUCUCACCACUCUUUCUAAACACCAAAACAAAUCUUGGGUCGUCAUCUCCUUCAUCACCUCUUCCUCUUCUCACCUUCUCCUCCACACCCAACAAUCGCCUUUCCUCACUCACCCUCUUUUGUUACACUAAAUCAGGAAAUGGGUUGGCUAGUGAAGAGAAAAAAAUCUUGCUUGAGAAGUAUGGAUACGAUGCUGAUGCUGAUGUGUACUUUUCUCAAUCAUCUCCAAAGUCCAAGAGGAGAAAGGAGCAGCCAAAGACCAAAGGAGGGAAGCAAGUGCCGGAUCCACCAGAGGACCCUAAACCUCCUCGUACUACACAUAAAUUGCUUCAGGUUCUUGGAGGAACGGCUCGAAGAAAGAAGCUGCUCUCACCAAAGGGCAUGGAUGUACGCCCCAUGAUGGAAGUGGUGAAAGGUGCAGCCUUUGAUAUAUUACAGGCAGCUGGUGGGUGUCCUGCAUCCUUGAGACCUGGACGCUGGUUAGACUUGUAUAGUGGUACCGGAUCUGUUGGAAUUGAAGCACUUAGCCGCGGAUGUUCCGAGGUGCAUUUUGUUGAGAUGGAUCCAUGGGUUGUAUCAGAUGUUUUACGUCCAAACUUAGAGGGGACUGGAUUUCUUGAUGUUUCAGUCAUACAUACAGUCCGUGUGGAAAAAUUCUUUGAACGUGCAGAGCAAUUUGUAGAAAACGGUGGCCCAUUUGAUUACAUUAGUGUCACCCCUCCAUAUACACAAGUUGACUAUGAGGUGCUGAUGAGACAAAUAUCAGAAUCAUCCUUUGUUGGAGAGCAUACUUUUAUUGUAGUUGAGUAUCCUUUAAAAACUGACAUGAUGGAUUCUUGUGGAAGCCUUGUGAAGAUAACUGAUAGAAGGUUUGGCCGGACGCUCUUGGCAAUUUAUGGACCAACAUGGGCCCAAAAGAAGAGGAGAUCACGCAUUCAAAUGACACAGAUGCAGUAAAGGCUGAUAAACUUGCUGGUGCAAUGUUUAAAGGGGUCAACACUCAACAAUUUUUUUUUUUUUUUUUUUGGCAAAUGUCUCACUUCUUCAAAAGCUGUAAUUAGGCAGUAUAUCAUAUUGGUCCCUGCAACAGGUCAUGUUAUAUGUGGUGAAUUAUAAUCUUGAAUUCUUUUCUGCAUAUAAUGUGGGACCCCCUCAGCUGAAGAUUGAUAUAUGCUUAAUAUAUUCAUGGCUUGUU